UUUUUCUGUGUAUUUCGAAAAUACAGUUCUUCGCUUCGUCGUAUCCGUAAGAUUUGCCAUCGAAUGUCAGCGUUUUAUACCGAAGUUUGAAGGACGUGGUCUUUGAUUUACCGUAUUCUAUUAGUUUUUUUCUUAUGUUGCGCGUUGUUUGACAAAAAUCUUCGCUCAUUGCUAUGUCAGUGCUCUUUAGCAAACCUCGUUUUGAAAAAACCAGCUCUCUCUUUUUAAAUGUUUCAAAUUUCGUUAUAAGUGGUCGAGCUUUCGCUGAAUCAUAGCGUCCUAUUCUGUGAGCGCGGCAUAUAUCAGAACUUGUGACAUCAAUUUGGAUAGUAUUAGUCAGGAGGUUGAUGAUCUUUUUUUCCGAUUCCGAAGAAGUUUCAUCUGCGGCAUCUGGAAUUCCAUAAAAGACAAGAUUGUUUCUCCGCGAUCGAUCCUCUGCGUCAUCAAGACGCGAAUGCAUAUUACUAGUGUCUUUUUCAAGGCGCUCAACAGUGGUGCGUAGUUCUUUCAUUUCAUGCUGCCAGUGCUCGAAAACGGAGGUUUGGUUUUCAACUUUCGCCAGUCUGUCCUUUAUUUCGUUCAUUGAUUCUGAAACUGACUGUUGUUGUUCUUUUAACACAGAUACGGUGUCCAAUAUUGUUGUUUGCGCUGAUUCCAUUCUUUUUGUACGUUCGUUCAAAUCCUUCAUCGUUUUCACUAGUUCUGCUAAGUUGUCAGGACCUGGGUUGCUUUCUACAUCCCCACAAAGAAGUAGUAGCAAAGAACAAAAAGGCAAGAGAACGGCUUGUGGGCACGGAAGCACAACAAUAAAGGGUUCAUCAGAUCGGAAGCUACGACAAGGCAGUUUAGAAAGGUAACUAACCUGCAAGACGAAAAGACAGGUGCGUAAGCCUUUGGCUGUUCUUUCCAUCGCGCUUCCGUGCCCACUGCAGUGAUAGUGCUCGAUGCUGGGUCUUAUCCUAUCCGGACGAGAUGACGUUGAUGUCGCAGCUGCGCACUGGUGGUGCUGCAGGUGGCGCUCGACGAUGUUGGUCAGGUCCCAGCAAGCUGUUUCUGGCAGGUCUGGUGAAGGGGCAACAGCACAGAUUCCGUCCGAUAAUGGAAGAUCCGGGGAAGGGGCGGCUUCACGAAUUCCGUCCGAGAGCGCGAAGCUUUCCCGUAGACCAGCCACUGGUACGCCGGCCGCGAAAACAGCGACGUACUGCAAGACGAAAAGACAGGUGGCGCUCGACGAUGUUGGUCAGGUCCCAGCAAGCUGUUUCUGGCAGGUCUGGUGAAGGGGCAACAGCACAGAUUCCGUCCGAUAAUGGAAGAUCCGGGGAAGGGGCGGCUUCACGAAUUCCGUCCGAGAGCGCGAAGCUUUCCCGUAGACCAGCCACUGGUACGCCGGCCGCGAAAACAGCGACGUACUGCAAGACGAAAAGACAGGUGGCGCUCGACGAUGUUGGUCAGGUCCCAGCAAGCUGUUUCUGGCAGGUCUGGUGAAGGGGCAACAGCACAGAUUCCGUCCGAUAAUGGAAGAUCCGGGGAAGGGGCGGCUUCACGAAUUCCGUCCGAGAGCGCGAAGCUUUCCCGUAGACCAGCCACUGGUACGCCGGCCGCGAAAACAGCGACGUACUGCAAGACGAAAAGACAGGUGCGUAAGCCUUUGGCUGUUCUUUCCAUCGCGCUUCCGU